AGGAGGCGUUCCAUAGCCAUGUUAGGGUGUCCUUGCAGGGUGUCUUGUGCUAAACUUCACCAAAUAAUAGCUGUUUGUAUUUUGGCUGCUGCAGUGGCCAUUUUAGGUUUGUAGAACAAACCUGCUACAUCCAAAGGGGGACACGGAAUUCUCAAAAGGGGAGAAAUCGCUUAAUGGCAAGAAAUAACCAUCCGAGUGCUGUGAACGGGACCGACCGCUAGAAUGGCUGCUUCCAAUGUAAAAAAAUAACUUGAUAAUGAAGAUACAGAAACAAGAGCAACAGUUAAACCGUAGACUUCCGUUUGGCCGCGCGGAUCGCUGUGAAGUCGCCGGGUUUGGUAGGAAGUCCGAGCGCUCUGGCUGCACACGGGAAGAAGGAGCAGGAAGCAGACCUAGAGAGAUCUAACAAUGAAGCUUCCCAAACUGAAAGCACUUAGCUACUCACCAAUGUCCAGUGCCUCUAUAUCUUGCGAACAUGCUGUGCUGACUCCGUUUUCAGACUCCAGUCCCCGGGAUUUCCACACAGUUACACUUCUAGACACCCCAACCCGCCUCUUGGCCGACAAUGACUUAUAUACCGAUGGUGGGCAAGAAACUUGUGAUGGUGACUCUAUGACCAAUCUCAAUGGUAUGGAAGAUAGUGGAGGGGGUGGGACCGGUGUCAAGAAAAAAAGGAAAAAAAAGGAGCAUGGAACCGAGAAGGAGAUCAAACCAAAGAAGAAGAAGGAACCCAAGAAAGUCAAAGAGCCUAAAAAAGUCAAGGAGCCUAAGGAACCCAAGGAACCUAAGCAGCCGAAGACCCCCAAGGAGCCUAAGAAGCCAAGGAAACCUCGGGAACCUAAGCCUCCCAAGGAGAAGAAAGUUAACUCAGAAUCAGUUACCAAAACCAAACUCAAGAAAACAAGUAAGGAGCAGGGACCAACUCCAGUAGAGAAAAAAAAGAAAGGCAAGAGGAAAGCCGAUCCCUGCGAGGACAGCUUGGAGGGUGAGAUGUCCAUGCUGAACUCGGCUUCUCAGAGCAACGAGGAGUCCACCGAGUCUCUGGACAGCCAGAAACGCAGGUCUGGGAGGCAGGUGAAGAGGAGGAAAUAUAACGAAGAUCUUGAUUUUAAAGUGGUGGACGAUGAUGGAGAGACGAUUGCCGUUCUGGGUGCCGGGAGAGCGUCUGCACUGUCUGCAUCUACGCUUGCCUGGCAGGCUGAGGAACCUCCUGAAGAUGAUGCCAACAUAAUAGAAAGGAUUCUGUCCUCAAGAAUUAUUCAAAAAGAGUUAACACCGGGUGGGAUUGAAAUGGACGUGGAAGAAUUUUAUGUGAAAUACAGAAAUUUUUCUUACCUCCAUUGUAAAUGGGCGACGAUGGAAGAACUGGAGAAGGAUCCUAGAAUCCAACAGAAAAUUAAGAGGUUUCGGAACAAGCAGGCACUGAUGAAGCACAUCUUUACUGAGCCAGAUGAAGAUAUGUUUAAUCCAGACUAUGUGGAGGUGGAUAGAGUCUUGGAAGUGGCUCAUACGAAAGAUUCUGAUACAGGAGAGGAAGUCACACAUUAUCUGGUUAAAUGGUGCUCAUUGCCUUAUGAAGAGAGUACUUGGGAGCUGGAGGAAGACGUUGACCCGGCCAAAGUCAAGGAAUUUGAAUUACUGCAAGUUGUUCCAGAGCAUACACUUAAGGAACGCCCUGCGUCUGAGUGCUGGCAGAAACUGGAACAGUCUCGCACGUACAAAAAUAACAACCAGCUACGAGAGUACCAGCUAGAGGGUAUGAACUGGCUGCUCUUCAACUGGUACAACAGGAAGAACUGCAUCCUGGCUGAUGAAAUGGGCUUGGGCAAAACUAUCCAGUCCAUCACCUUCCUUUCUGAGAUCUUCUUCAUGGGCAUCCGAGGUCCAUUCCUCAUCAUCGCUCCGCUCUCAACCAUCACCAACUGGGAGCGAGAAUUCCGCACGUGGACAGAGAUAAAUGCUGUGGUUUACCACGGGAGCCAAAUCAGUCGCCAGAUGAUACACCAAUAUGAAAUGUUCUACCGUGAUUCACAGGGUGUACCUGUCCCAGGAAUCUUCAAGUUCCACGUGGUGAUCACCACAUUUGAGAUGAUCUUAGCAGACUGUCCAGAGCUGAAGAAGAUCCGAUGGAGCUGCGUCAUUAUCGAUGAAGCACACAGGCUCAAGAACAGGAAUUGCAAACUUCUUGAGGGUCUAAAACUAAUGGCCUUGGAGCACAAGGUCCUUCUUACGGGGACUCCGCUGCAGAACUCUGUGGAGGAGUUGUACAGUCUGUUAAACUUUCUGGAACCGGUCCAGUUCCCCUCGGAAAGCACUUUCCUGGAGGAGUUUGGAGAUCUGAAGACUGAAGAACAGGUGAAGAAACUGCAGUCUAUAUUGAAGCCUAUGAUGCUCCGGCGAUUGAAAGAUGAUGUGGAAAAGAACUUGGCGCCGAAGCAGGAAACAAUCAUCGAGGUUGAGUUGACCAAUAUCCAGAAGAAAUAUUACCGGGCCAUUCUGGAGAAGAACUUUACAUUCCUGGCUAAGGGAGCCAACCAGCACAACAUGCCCAAUCUUAUCAACACUAUGAUGGAAUUGCGCAAAUGCUGCAACCACCCCUAUCUCAUUAAUGGUGCUGAAGAGAAGAUCCUUGAAGACUUUCGCAAGACACACAGCCCUGAUGCGUUUGAUUUCCAGCUCCAGGCAAUGAUACAGGCAGCGGGGAAGCUUGUGUUAAUCGAUAAGCUUUUGCCUAAACUCAUUAUUGGUGGACAUAAAGUUCUCAUUUUUUCUCAAAUGGUGCGCUGCUUAGAUAUCCUGGAGGACUAUCUCAUUCAGAGAAGAUACACUUACGAGCGAAUAGAUGGCAGAGUUAGGGGCAAUCUCCGGCAGGCAGCCAUAGACAGAUUCUGUAAACCGGAUUCCGAUCGCUUUGUGUUCCUUCUCUGCACUCGAGCGGGAGGUCUUGGGAUUAACUUGACGGCUGCCGAUACCUGUAUAAUCUUUGAUUCUGACUGGAACCCCCAGAACGACUUACAGGCACAAGCUCGCUGCCAUCGUAUUGGGCAGAGCAAAGCAGUCAAAGUAUAUCGUCUCAUAACCAGGAACUCUUACGAACGGGAGAUGUUUGACAAAGCAAGCUUAAAGCUGGGACUCGACAAGGCAGUCCUGCAAGACAUUAACAGAAAGGGAAACACUAAUGGGGUGCAACCACUAUCCAAAAUUGAGGUAGAAGACCUGCUCAGGAAAGGAGCGUAUGGAGCGUUAAUGGACGAAGAAGAUGAAGGUUCCAAAUUCUGCGAGGAAGACAUUGAUCAGAUCCUCCAGCGUAGAACACAAACCAUCACUAUACAGAGUGAAGGGAAAGGCUCCACGUUUGCCAAGGCCAGCUUUGUAUCAUCUGGGAACAGAACAGAUAUUUCUCUUGAUGACCCUAACUUUUGGCAAAAAUGGGCAAAGAUUGCUGAGCUUGACACAGAUGCUAAGAACGAGAAAGAAAGUCUGGUCAUCGAUCGUCCUCGUGUCCGGAAACAGACUAAACACUACAACUCCUUUGAGGAUGAUGAACUGAUGGAGUUCUCAGAGCUGGAGAGCGACACGGAAGAACGACCAACAAGAUCCCGAAGGCUAAAUGACAAAACACGGCGCUACCUCAGGGCUGAGUGCUUCAGAGUGGAGAAAAACCUUCUCAUAUUUGGCUGGGGACGCUGGAAGGACAUUCUAACUCUUGGCCGAUUUAAAUGGCACUUGAAUGAGAAGGACAUGGAGAUGAUCUGCAGGGCGCUUUUGGUUUACUGUGUCAAACACUACAAGGGAGAUGAAAAGAUCAAGAGUUUCAUUUGGGACCUUAUUACACCGACCAAGGAUGGACAGAAUCAGGCUCUCCAGAAUCAUUCAGGUUUAUCUGCCCCUGUUCCACGAGGAAGGAAAGGGAAAAAGUUGAAGAAUCAGAUGCUUUUGCCAGAGCUAAAGAACGCAGACUGGCUUGCAAGCUGCAACCCUGAGAUCAUUCUGCAUGAUGACAGCUACAAGAAACAUCUCAAGCAGCACUGUAACAAGGUCCUUCUUCGAGUAAGGAUGCUGUAUUACCUCAAAGCCGAGGUUUUAGGUGAAGCUGCAAGCAAGGCUUUGGAAGGUGUAAAUGCUCGAGAGCUGGAGAUCCUGUUACCCGACAUCGAUUAUGUGGAGAUACCUGUGGACUGGUGGGACGCAGAGGCAGAUAAAUCCCUUCUAGUUGGGGUUUAUAAACAUGGCUAUGAACGAUACUGCGCCAUAAGGGCCGAUCCAGCGCUCUGCUUCCUGGAGAAGGUUGGAAUGCCAGAUAGGAGCUCUCUGUCUGCCGAUGGCGUCAAUGAACAAGCUCCAGAUCUAGUCGAACGCAACAGUGCAGAAAAGGAUGAAAAUAACGAAGAGAAGACGGACGCACAACUCGAGGAAAAGGCUCCUCCAAGCUCGGACCAGAAUGGACAGCCGGAUGACGAGAACAGUGCAGCCCAGGAUAGCCCGGAGUCAGACAAAUUGUGUUGGCCUGUAGCAUCUACCCUCACAGCAAGACUACGCAGGCUGAUCACUGUGUACCAGCGAUGCAACCGCAAAGAACUAGCGAGACCAGAGCCUCUGCCGGCCGCCAACCACAGCUACUGGCUGCAGGAAGAGAUGGCCAGGAGAGGGGAGAUGGACCCCAUGGUAAAAGAGAUGCAGAAAAGAUGGACCAGGAGAGAGCAGGCAGAUUUUUACAGGACCGUCUCAUCCUUUGGAGUCAUAUAUGACCCGGAGAAGAAGUGCUUUGACUGGACUCAGUUCCGAGGUUUAUCUCGACUGGAUAAGAAGACAGAUGAAAGCUUGGAGAAAUACUUCCACAGCUUUGUGGCCAUGUGCAGGAACGUUUGCCGUCUACCACUCAGAAAAGAUGAUGGCUCAGCUGACCCCUCCCUUUAUUUGGACCCCAUAACAGAAGAAAGAGCAGCAAGGACUUUAUAUCGUAUUGAACUUCUAAGGAAAGUCAGAGAGCAGGUUUUAAGGCAUCCGCAACUCCACGACCGUCUGAAACUGUGUCGCCCCAGUCUUUACCUCCCUGUGUGGUGGGAGUGUGGCAAGCAUGAUCGUGACCUUCUGAUAGGCACAGCUAAGCAUGGUCUGAGUCGUACAGAUUAUUACAUCAUGAAUGACCCCCAACUGACCUUCCUAGAUGCCUACCGGAACUACUCCCAGCACAAGAGAGACAGUGGCGAGAGUAUGUGCUGCCAUUACCAGAUGAACUCCAAGAUGUAUGAGUCUGCAACAUGUCAUUUGGAAAGGCCAUGCGAGUCCACAAAUAUGGAACCUGCAAACAAGAUUAAAAUAGAGGCGGCAGAGGAGCCGGUUCCGAGCAGAACUAGCAGCCCUCAGGAUCCCAGUUGUGAGAAUUUCAUCUCUCAGGUUGGAGAAAUGAUCUCUAACAGCCAUGAUGACUGUUCUUUGCCCGAGUCUCUUAUGUGCAUGAUGUAUGAUGAGAAAACUUGUAAUAGUACGCUGAUAGAUGCCACCAACAGUGAACAGAGUCCUCUUACCCAGGAGAACUUCUUGGGCCUGGGAGUAAAGAAUGAGCCAGCUGACUAUUCAUUGAAUAAAAUCAAAGAAGAGAAUAUGUCACCUGCUAGAGAAACUACUACUGGAGACUGUUUCCUCGGAAGCCAAGAACAGGAAUGUGAUGAUCCAAUGGGAGAACCUGAUGGUCGAAUAAAUGAACCAUUUGAUGCCACUGAGAGCCAUCUAGAAUUACCAGCAGAUGAUGAAGAAAGCAUUGGACAAAGGGCCUCAGAUGUUUUAAACAAUGAUCAUUUUUGUACCCCUCUUAGCCAGACUGUUGAUCAGUCCUUGUCUUUGGAUCUUGAGUUUUUGGAUAAAACAUUUGAGGAUCAUUCCUCACUUAGUCCUAACAUCCACGAAGACAAGGAUUGUGGACCCAUUGGCAAAGGUUCCAGAAGUCCAGACUGCGUUGAGCUACCUGAGGAUAAAAAGGAGGAAUGGGGAUCUGAGCUACAGGAAAUUAAAGAGGACCCAAUUGUAAAAUGGCACAAAGAGUUAAAUGACAUUAAAGAAACCCCAUUGGAGGACAGCACAGAGCUAAAAGUACAGGAUUUCAAUGAAGAGAAAGAUUUGUCGGCAUCUGGAUGUAUUCAGUUGCUGGAUGAAAAGGACGCUUUAGAACUGAGACCCAAAACCGGCCAUAUGCUUUCAGGUCUUUUAAAGAGCGAUGCCAUAGAUAUAAAAGAAAAGAACGCUGAGGAAAAUGUAGCAGCGGGAUCCAAAGGUGCUUCUGAGAAGGCAGAAAAAGUAAAACCUGAAGAGUGUGAGGUGAAGAAAGAACAGGUGGAAGAGGAGUGCGGCUGUAAUGAAGACAUUAAAGACUGUGGGAGGACAUGGAGAUUGUGGAGGCCUGAUGCCGCAGAGGUCCUCGAUAAGUAUUCAGAAGAGGAGGCCAAGUGCUGUACUUUGCCUGCCCCCAGAGAGGCGCCACACGACUUUCAGGAUGGACGCGCUCCCACCAUCGCACAGCUUCUUCAGGAGAAGACCCUCUAUUCCUUCUCGGAAUGGCCCAAGGAUCGAGUGAUCAUAAACCGAAUAGACAACAUCUGCCAUGCAGUGCUGAAGGGAAAGUGGCCAUCCUCCAGCCAGCAGUUCGAAGCCCAGUGCAUGGUUCCGUCUUCAGUCCUGAACAGUACAACGUGUACGAGGAACAGCUACACGGCCCCAGAAGCACAAAACCCACCCUACAGCAACGGCUGUCCUGGGUCACACGCACAAAAGGACCCACUGGCGGCAUCAAGUUUUUCCAGCGAUGAGCGGAAACCAAGAAGACAGUUUGAGUUUGAGAGCACUAGGUCAGAUGCCAAACACAGGAAUCUGGAGCAUCUCGGUGUUCCUCGGGGUCACACCUCUGCUACACUUAAUGGAUGGCGGGAGACGGCUAUGGAGCUAUGCAGAGAGCAGGCUGCCGGCGCCAGCGCCUAUUCAGUGAAUACCAGCACUCCCAAGAUGGCCGGUAUAAGUGGGUUACAGAGUUCCUUGGGAAUGGACUUGUCCGGCAUCCUGCAAGCUGGGUUAAUCCACCCCGUGACGGGGCAGAUUGUCAAUGGAAGCUUACGACGCGAAGAAUCUGCCCUGAGGAGGAGAAGAGGGAGAAGAAAAAAUGUGGAGGGGAUGGAUCUGAUGUUCCUCAAGGACAGAGGGAUGCAUGCGGGAAUACUGGGCCUGCGAGAAGAGCCUGGACAGUCAGGAGCUGCGCACGCAGAGAUGUCUGCCGAGUCCGCCGCAGGGGCCAAACCCCUAGCCGAGAAAGUGAUUCCCAACAAGAGCCUCCUGGAGUGGCUUCGACAACAAUCAGACUGCACGAUAGACAUACCGACGUAUGGCGGUAGUUUUUCAGAGAAGCCAAAACAGAGGAGGCCGCGCUGCAAGGACCCCAAUAAACUGGAUAUAAAUAUGUUGUCUGGGGAAGAUAGGGUGCCAGCGAUGAACAAGGACACGGGACGCAGGGGGUUUCUCUCUGAAAGCAAAUUUGGCAGGGUUCUAUCAGAACCUGUUCUUCAUGAUGCUGGGCCCAGACGCAGAGGACGGCGUCCUCGCAGCGAGUUGCUGAAGUCACCGGGAAGUGUGGGAUCUGAUUCUCAAUCUGGCAUGAGCCCGCUUUUUAUGAAUGGUUUAAUAGCUGGAAUGGAUAUAGUGGGGCUUCAGAACAUGAGAAACAUGCAGGGAAUCCCAUUAACUGGCCUGGUCGGGUUCCCUGCAGGAUUUACAACUGUACCUGCUAAUGAGGACGUGAAGAACACGUUAAGCAUGUUACCCAUGAUGCUCCCUGGCAUGGCUACUAUGCCCCAGAUGUUUGGUGUUGGUGGUAUCAUCAACUCUCCAAUCUCAUCGUCUGUGCCAACAUCUUUAGGAAGCACAAUAAAAAGCGGCUCCUCCCAAGCGGAGAAAGCCACAGAGGACAAAGAUGCCGACCAAGACACUCAACAAGACGCAGCAGCUUCAGAGAAAGCUGGUGGUGCCUCCUUCCAGGAGCAGUCAGAACCAGCAGUGACCACCAGCAGUCCUGUAGCUUUCAACCCGUUCCUUAUCCCGGGAAUGUCUCCAAGUCUGCUGUAUCCCUCUAUGUUUCUGUCUCCCGGCAUUGGAAUGGCAAUACCAGGGGUUCAGCCCAACCGCCUGUCAGAAUCAGGUGGCCUUGAUCCUCAACGAAGAAAGAGAAAGAAGGCGAAAGGGGACUCCCAAGCCUCUGAAAUAGAGACUGUGCCCCUUGCCGAAGGCACAGACCAAGAGCAAACGUCUCCCGGUAGUCAGAACUGUAGGGAUAAAAGCGAAACGCCGGCAUCCGAGAAAGAUGAGGACAAUUCUGGUUUAGGAGAGACUCGUGAUAAAACCAAUUAGAAUUUGUCCUUCAAAUAACUUGACUUGAGUUCUCUCCCCAUGGAUAUUUCUAGCUUACCCAGAUCUCUGGGUCAUUGGUCAGUAAAAUAUAUCUAAACUGA